AUGCGGUGGCUGCUUUCCUUCGUGCUGUUCGGCUUCUUGGCCGCCGUGCAUGCCCUGAGCAGUUCGGGCACUCGUCUGUUGGUUGUCCUCGAGGACGCCGCCGAGAAGGAUGAGUAUUCGAUGUUCUGGGGCGACUUAGAAGCCCGAGGCUAUACGCUCGACUUCCAAUCGCCCAAGAGUGACCAGCUUUCGUUGUUCGAGCUCGGAGAACGGGCUUACGAUCACCUCCUCAUUCUCCCUCCCCGAUCAAAAGGUUUGGGACCGGCUCUCAGCCCCAAGAAUGUCAUCGAGUUCCUCAACAAGGAUGGCAAUGUCAUCCUCGCUCUCUCCGGAAAGUCCACGACCCCCAGCGCCAUCAGCUCCCUCCUUCUAGAGCUCGAUUUUCACCUUUCCCCGGACCGCUCCUCUGUCGCCGUUGACCAUUUCAACUACGACACCAUCUCCGCAGCCGAGAAGCAUGACGUUCUACUUCUCCAGCAACCCGGCCAACUGAAGAAGGGCCUCAAGUCUUUCUUCGGCGGUGAAGGCGUCCUGGCCUUCCCCAGAGCCGAGCCUCAUACCCUCGGCUAUGACAGCCCUCUCCUGGCGCCCAUCCUGCGCGCACCCGCGACGGCAUACAGCUAUAACCCCAAGGAGGACUCUGCGUCCGUGGAGGAUGCUGCAGCGACUGGCUCCCAGCUGGCCCUUGUCUCGGCCAUGCAGGCUCGGAACUCUGCCCGGUUUGUUCUCCUCGGCUCCGUGGAGGCCCUUCAGGACAAGUGGUUCUCCGCCACGGUCAAGGCUCCUGGCGGAAAGGAGACCACGACCGCCAACCGGGAGUUCGCCAAGCAGCUCACCUCGUGGGCCUUCAAGGAAACAGGAGUCCUCAAGGUUGGCAAGAUUGAGCAUCAUUUGGCUCCUACGCCCGAGGCUCCUGAUGUCGAGCUGAACCCUACCAUCUACCGGAUCAAGAACGAAACCGUCUUCAGUAUCGAGGUUUCCGAAUACAGCCAUGAUCAGUGGAUCCCGUUUGAGGUCCCCGCCGACGACGCUCUUCAGCUCGAAUUCACCAUGCUUUCUCCGUUCCAUCGCCUUGAUCUGCAGCCCGCCCGCCGCACCGAGAACAGCACCAUCUACAGCACUCAAUUCACAACUCCUGAUCAGCACGGUAUCUUCUCGUUCCGUGUAAACUACAAGCGCCCCUUCCUCACGAACAUCGAAGAGAAGCACGAGGUGACGGUCCGUCACUACGCCCACAACGAGUACCCUCGCAGCUGGAAGAUCACCGGAGGAUGGGUGUGGAUCGCCGGUUUGUGGUCGGUGAUCGGUGGGUUCCUGGCGUUCGUCAUCAUGUGGCUGUACUCGGCGCCCGCUCCGACUGCGGCGGCCACCAGCAAGAAGACGCAAACAACUCCGACCCAUGCCAAGAGGGGAAAAGACUCGAAACUCCGGUCAUCGCGGAUGAUGACACUUGUAUAUGAUGUGGCAGCGGAUCCCGGCGCCUUCUCAAAGUCCGCGGGUCUUCUCCGGGUCCAUCUUCACCUCGUCGCCGCUGAUCUCCUUGACGGUUUCAAAGGCGGGCUUGCCGGCAUAGAGCUGUUCCGACUUGGUGUUCUUCCCGUCGAGUUCCUUGGUCAUCUGAAGGGGCUGGUUUCCACGGAAUCGUUUGCGCAUAUCGAUCAUCCCGCGUCUAAAGGGGACUUGAGGUUAGACGAAUGGUAUUGUACGUAUGUUGGAACGUACUGGGUCGACUCACUUGCACUCGCUAAAGCCUUUCCGGAGCUGCUGACACCGCAUGGGUAA